AUGCCAAUGUCCGCAUGGCGUCUCCGCCGCUACCUCGCCCCUACAUCUGGCCUCGGAGAUGAAGUUGGAACUGCAAGCAUGGAGACAUCAAGUCGACCUGAGGUUAUGGAGAACAUUCAUGAGGAUGGUGGACCCGAUCGGCAACUUGGGAAUAACAGGAGCCUAAUCGAGGACGACACGGCGAAAAGCGCGCGAAAAAUCAACUUUCUGAGCGGUAUUGCUUUGAUGAUCGGACUUCAGAUCGGGUCAGGAAUAUUUUCGACGCCAGCGACCGUUAUCACACUCAUUCCUUUCAAGACUGGAGCGAUCUCAAUUUGGGCUGGCGCGGGUCUCCUGGUAUGGACUGGAGCUGCCAGUUUCGCGGAAUUAGGAGUUCGGUAUCCCGGCAACGGUGGUAUAUUGCAAUACCUAAGACAUAGCUUUGGGCCGAAACCGGGAGCCGCGGGCGACAUGGUAGCCUUCGUGUUCUCCUGGAUUUGGAUUGCAAUAGUCAAGCCAUGCUCAAUGAUGGCGCUAGGGAUGUUGACCAUAAGUGGUAUUUUCGUCCAGAAUGGUCUCCGCGACGAAGGGAACGUGCCCUCAUACUCGCCGACAUCUACCACAAGAGCCUACCCUGACUUUCAUAGUGUUGAUGAGAGAGGGCAGCAUAAGUCACGAUUUACGCCGUUGACGGUAGCAGAUGCACUCUUCGCCGCGCUCUUCGCUUUUGGAGGAUGGGAAUCCGUCGGAUUUGUGGCUGGUGAAAUAGUAGAUCCUGAAAAGACCAUACCCAAGAUUCUGAAUGGUGCCAUGUCAAUGACAACAAGUCUAUUCACACUCACCGUUGUUGCAUUCUACUCCGUCGUGCCAUUGGACACUCUGAAAGAGACGAAUGCGGUCGCCGCGGUACGUAAAACUUUAUUGAGAUCGUGUUUGCCCUGGGUAAGAUAG